AUGCAGAGUUCAGAGGGUGGAUCAGACUCGGCAGCUUCGGUGGCACUUCACACUUCUGCAUCAGCCCAAGCUCCGGUAGUGCAGCCAGUGCCAGCGUCUCAGCAGAGGGUUUUGGUCCAAGCAGCAGGCUCCGCUCCCAAAGGAGCGCAGAGCUCCUUAGAAAAAUCCAAGCUCUUGGUGAAAGAGUCGUGUGCAAUUAGAGGACUGAAGAUCACUGUGCAAUCUGUGCAGCAUGUAUAUCCAUCCCAGGUCCAGUAUGUGGAAGGAGGAGAAGCUGUUUAUACCAAUGGAACCAUACGAGCCGCCUACUCCUACAACACCGAAGCUCAGAUUUACGCCCCCAGCAGCACAGCAUCCUAUUUCGAACCGCAGGGAGGUGGAGCUCAGGUGACUACAGCGGCAUCCUCUCCUACAGCCAUUCCCUCUCACAACAUGGUGGGCAUCACCAUGGACAUUGGGGGAAGUCCGAUCCUCUCCGGCUCGGGAGCCUAUCUCAUUCAUGGGGGGAUGGAAAACACUAGACAUUCUCUGUCACAUACUUCACGCUCCUCUCCAGCAACGCUUGAAAUGGCGAUUGAAAACCUACAAAAAAAUGAAGGGAUUACAUCACACAAAAGCAGUUUGCUCAACAGUCAUCUCCAGUGGUUGCUGGAUAACUACGAGACGGCGGAAGGCGUCAGCCUUCCCAGGAGCUCUCUCUACAACCAUUACCUGCGGCACUGCCAGGAGCACAAACUGGAUCCGGUGAACGCCGCUUCCUUCGGAAAACUGAUCCGUUCGGUGUUCAUGGGGCUGAGGACUCGCCGCCUGGGAACCAGGGGAAACUCCAAGUAUCAUUAUUACGGGAUCCGUCUAAAACCGGAGUCUCCGCUGAACCGCAGCGUCUUGGAGCUCGCUAGCAGUGCCCUCGACGCUGCCACAGACAAGGCCACGCUCUUUAGGUAUAGACCAGCGCAGAAGAUGGACGGCAUGGCAGAGAGCGGGUCCAACAGCAACCCGCACACUACGCCGGAGCAAUCGGUUGCUGCUCAGAGUCAACAUCAUCAGCAGUUCAUAGACGUAACCCACGUCUUUCCUGAGUUCCCAGCCCCUGAUCUAGGGAACGUCCUCCUGCAAGAAGGGGUCACCAUGAAUGACGUGAAAACUCUGCAGCUUCUUUACAGGCGGCACUGCGAGGCGACUUUGGAUGUUGUAAUGAAUCUUCAGUUUCAUUAUAUUGAGAAACUGUGGCAGUCCUUCUGGAGUCCUAAAACACCAUCUAGUGAUGGCUCUACUGCCCUGCCAGCCAGCGAAGAAGAACACGAAGGAACCCUCCCGAAAGACAAGCUGAUCACUCUGUGCAAAUACGAACCCAUCCUCAAAUGGAUGAGAAGCUGUGACCACAUCUUGUACCAGGCCCUGGUGGAGAUUCUCAUCCCAGAUGUGCUCAGGCCAGUGCCCAGCACGCUUACACAGGCGAUUCGUAAUUUUGCCAAGAGUUUGGAAGGGUGGCUGAUGAAUGCAAUGAGUGAAUUCCCCCCCCAGAUUGUCCAGACCAAGGUCGGGGUAGUGAGUGCCUUUGCGCAGACCUUACGGAGAUACACGUCCCUGAACCACCUGGCUCAGGCCGCCCGCGCGGUGCUGCAGAACACGUCCCAGAUAAACCAGAUGCUCAGCGAUCUCAAUCGGGUCGACUUCGCCAACGUGCAGGAGCAAGCCUCGUGGGUGUGCCAGUGUGAGGAAGGCAUGGUACAGAAGCUGGAGCAGGAUUUCAAGCUCACUCUGCAGCAGCAGAGUUCUCUGGACCAGUGGGCGAGUUGGCUGGAUAAUGUUGUUACUCAAGUUCUGAAGCAUCAUGAGGGCAGUCCCAGCUUCCCCAAAGCAGCCAGGCAGUUCCUGUUGAAAUGGUCUUUCUAUAGCUCCAUGGUGAUCCGUGACCUCACCUUGCGCAGUGCUGCCAGCUUUGGUUCCUUCCACCUGAUUCGCCUGCUCUACGAUGAAUACAUGUUUUAUCUGGUGGAGCAUCGUGUCGCCCAGGCAACAGGGGAGACACCGAUUGCUGUAAUGGGAGAGUUUGGUGACCUCACAUCCCUGUCCCCAACACUGCUGGACAAAGAUGACAUUAGUGACCUGGGCAGCGAGGUGGACACGGAUGCCCGGAGCAUGGGGGAGCCGCUGGUGAAGCGGGAACGCAGCGACCCCGGCCACUCGCUGCCGGAGAUCUGAAACGGGGACUAUCUGAAACGGGGACUCGGCUUUUCUCCGGCUGGACGAAGACCUCCAGAGCCAGGUUUGACGGUCGCAAGCCUGAGUCUCCCCGU